UUGGUGUUUUUUUUCUUCCCAACCCUCCAGUUGUGAGAAAGACAGAAGGCAGGAGAAAGAGAUCUACCACCACAGAGUUGCUCUCUCCGUCUCUGCCUAAUGCUUCCCUGUGUAGGACAAAAGUGAUCGACAUACACUCCAGUGUGCUAAAACCGUAGCUGAAACAGAAGCAGAAAUCAUGGCCUACGCUGGACUCCUGAUCCCUCUUCUGGGUUGUUUGAUGUUGUCAGAGGCCCAACACCAGCCUGGAUACUGUGCUUUCUAUGAGGAGUGUGGCCUAAAUCCAUCUUUAGAAGAUACACUCAUUCCUCCCAAUGUACCCUGCCUGAAUUAUGGCCCGGCCCGACGGGUCAGCGGAGCACACUACAGGAAGCUCAAAGAGGUGUGUCCCGUUCUGGAUCAGGGCGAGGGGAACACGUAUGCCUGCUGCUCCAACAAACAGCUCACAUCUUUGGAGCGGAGUCUGAGUCUGUCCAAAACCGUGCUGAUCCGCUGCCCGUCCUGCGCUGAUAACUUCGCCCACAUGCACUGCAUCACCACGUGCAGCCCCAACCAGACGCAGGUGGUAAACGUCACUAAAGUCAUGAACGUCACCCACGAGAACAAGACGCGAGAAGCUGUGGUGGGCUAUCAGGCCUACAUCGGCACCGCCUUCACAGACACCGCCUUCCAGUCGUGUAAAAACGUCCGGAUCCCAGCCACAGGGGGCUUCGCUGUUGCUACCAUGUGCGGGCGCUAUGGCGCCAAACUGUGCACGCCACAGCGCUGGUACGAUUUCCAGGGGGACUCCAGUAAUGGCCUCGCGCCACUUGACAUAGACUUCCGAUUGAUAAAGGAGGGGGACACAGCGGGACUGCCAGAAGGUGUGGUUCCUUACAACGGACGUGCCCUGAGGUGUAACGAGACCACGCCGUCGGGGGGUCAGAUCUGCUCCUGCCUGGACUGCCAGGACUCAUGCCCAAGGCUGCCACCUCCCCCGUCGCCCCCUCUGCCUUUCACAAUUUUGGGAACAGACGGGUUCCUUGUGAUUUCCAUCAUCUUACUCUGCCUCCUGAUAUUAAGCUUCCUUCUGUACCUCAGUGUCUCUUAUUUCUUCAAACAUAAAAAAGCAGCAGAGAAGAAGAGCAAUAACACGAUAUUUCACAACAGCAAAGAUGUCAGGCUCAUUCAUCCGGCAGAGGUCACAUGUGCUGAAAGGACCAGUAUGGCUGCUCAAGCUUUCCUGAGCUCACUGUUUCAGAAAUGGGGAACCAUGAUAGCAACUUAUCCUCUCUGGGUGCUCCUGAUCUCAGCUGUAGUGGUUGCUGUUUUCUCCGCUGGCCUCAAGGACAUUGAACUCACCACUGACCCGGUCGAGCUGUGGUCUGCUCCCAAAAGCCGGGCCCGCCAGGAAAAAGACUACCAUGACCAACACUUUACCCCGUUCUUCAGGACGAACCAGUUGAUCUUGACAGCUCCGGGCAGAAAAGGACACAUUUAUGAUUCAUUGCUGUUUGGACAACAGAAUUUCAGUGGGAUUUUAUCCAAAGAGCUCAUCAUUGAGCUGCUGGAGCUCCAGGAAAAAAUACAGAAAAUUGAGUUCUGGUCAAAGGAGCUCAACCGUACAGCCAGUCUGAAGGACGUGUGUUAUGCGCCUCUCAACCCAUCGAACCCCUCACUGACGGACUGUGCUGUAAACAGUUUGCCACAGUACUUCCAGAAUAGUCUGGCCAACAUUAACGCGAAAGUGAACAUGACUGAGCUGGGAGAGACCAAAGAGGUAGACUGGAGAGACCACGUCAUCUACUGCCUCAACUCCCCACUGUCCUUCAAAGACAUCACUGAUUUAGGAUUGAGCUGCAUGGCUGAUUAUGGAGCUCCGGUGUUCCCGUUUCUCGCCGUGGGCGGCUAUACCAAUGACGACUACACCAACUCGGAGGCUCUCGUCAUGACCUUCUCACUCAACAACUAUUUACGCGGAAACCUCAAGUUCAAUGUAGCUUUGCAGUGGGAGAAAGAGUUUCUUAAGAUAGUCCAGGACUACCAGAGGAACCCAUCAGCUAACUUCACCUUUGCAUACAUGGCAGAGAGAUCUCUGGAGGAUGAAAUCAAUCGAACAACAGCAGAGGACAUCCCCAUCUUCAUGAUCAGCUAUGCAGUGAUCUUUGUUUACAUCGCCGUGGCUCUGGGGGAGUACUCCUCAUGGAAGCGUAUACUGGUGGACUCCAAGUUCUUGGUGGGCCUGGGGGGGAUCAUGGUGGUUGGCUGUUCUGUUCUGGCCUCCAUGGGUUUCUACUCGUGGAUCGGUAUCCCGUCGUCGCUGGUCAUCCUGCAGGUUGUGCCCUUCCUGGUGCUUGCAGUUGGAGCGGACAACAUCUUCAUCUUCGUUCUGGAGUACCAGAGGGACGUACGAAAGAUUGGGGAGACCAGAGAGCAGCAUAUUGGCCGUGUACUCGGACAGGUCGCUCCCAGUAUGCUCUUGUGCAGUCUCUCUGAGUCUGUCUGUUUCUUUCUGGGGGCUUUGUCCACCAUGCCAGCGGUGAAGUCCUUUGCACUGUAUGCUGCCUUGGCAGUGCUUAUGGACUUUGUCCUCCAGAUGACAGCCUUUGUGGCGCUUCUAUCCCUGGAUGCUAAGCGUCAGGACAGCAAUCGUUGUGAACUUCUCUGUUGUGUUACCGUGUCAGCGGAGCGCCCCAAAAAGCCAAACGAGGGCUUUCUGCUGCCGUUCAUGAGGAAAUACUACGCCCCCGUCCUGCUCAAUAACUACGUCAGGAUCGUAGUGAUGCUGGUUUUCCUUUUCACCUUCUGUGCCUCCAUAUACCUCAUGCUGAAUGUGAAAGUGGGUCUAGAUCAAGAGCUGGCUAUGCCACAGGGUUCUUAUAUGCUGGACUACUUCAAAUACCUCUAUAAAUACUUUGAGGUCGGUGUUCCUGUUUAUUUUGUUACCAAGAAGGGCUACAAUUUUUCCACUGUGGAAGGCAUGAACGGGGUCUGCUCCAGUGUGGGCUGUGAUCAGUUCUCAAUGACCCAGAAGAUCCAGUAUGCCACCGACUACCCUCAUCUAUCAUAUUUGGCAAUUCCUGCUAACUCGUGGGUGGAUGAUUUUAUUGACUGGUUGAACCCUGGAUCCAAAUGCUGUCGCCUUUACACCCUCGGCCCAAAUGCUGGAAAAUUCUGCCCUGCAAACAUAUCUUCUAUACUGUGCGGACGCAAGUGUCUGAAUAGUUUUCCAAAUGGUGUCAUCCGACCCACCGUGCAAGAGUUCAACCGCUUCCUCCCUGAGUUCCUGGGGAACAGGCCAGACCUUCAGUGCUCCAAAGGAGGUCUGGGAGCAUACGAUACAGCAGUGGUGAGAGAUGACAGUGGAGAGAUAAUAGCGUCUCGGUUCAUGGCCUACCAUGUGCCUCUGACCAACUCUCAGGAGUUCACCGCUGCCCUAAAAAAGUCCAGAGAUCUGGCUGAUGAGAUCACAAAAUCUAUGAGGGCAGUUCCCGGCACCUCAGCUGACUUUGAAGUAUUUCCAUACACGGUAACAAAUGUGUUUUAUGAGCAGUACUUGACCAUUGUGCAGGAGGGCCUCUUCAACAUCUCUCUGUGUCUGCUGCCGACCUUUGUGGUGUGCUGCCUGCUUCUGGGUUUGGAUCUCUGCUCCGGCCUGCUGAACCUGCUGACCAUAAUCAUGAUCGUGGUGGACACAGUGGGUGUCAUGACAUUAUGGAGCAUAGAUUACAACGCAGUGGCCCUGAUCAACCUGGUCACGGCGGUGGGCAUCUCUGUGGAGUUCGUGUCCCAUAUGACGAGAUCUUUUGCGCUCAGUACUAAGCUCACUCGAGUGGAAAGGGCAAUGGAGGCAACGGCCAACAUGGGCAGUGCUGUGUUCGCUGGAGUUGCUAUGACCAAUCUGCCGGGCAUCCUUGUGCUGGCGUUUGCCAAAGCGCAGCUCAUCCAGAUUUUCUUCUUCCGCUUAAAUCUUGUCAUUACACUGCUGGGGAUGGCUCAUGGACUCGUAUUCCUCCCUGUGCUGCUCAGUUACUUUGGUCCCGGUGUUAACAAAGCCGUCCUGCUGCAGAUACAACUAGCAAACCAAACUCUUGAGAACAACCUCGGGAACAAAAUGAUGGUAGUGUAUGAAAACCUGAGCUUUGAGGACAGUGAAAAAAAGCAGGAACCGGACUCAAAGGCUCCUACUGAUGGCAGUGCACAUUCGCAAUCGAUUGAAAAGGAGAGAGUGGACAGUUUUUGAGCACAAAAACAGUUUUCAAGCUAAUUGAAUAUAUCUGUACCACACAGAGUGGGAUAGAUAUGGAGAGAGGCACAUAGUAAACAUGGAUCAUGUGUUUGUCUUUGUGUGAAAAUCUAUAUACCUCCAUAAGAAGGGGACCUGCUGGACAGACAAUAACACAUAUUUGUGCAAUAUUUUUGGGGAGUUAUGCACCUGGGGGCUGAUGCAAUCGCAUUCAUUUUGUAUGGUAAAAGAAUUCUCUUUUUGUACUGGAUCUAAUUAUUUUCUAUGUGUAAUUUGAAGGAGGCAAAGUUCAUCCACACACUCCAGCAUUUCAUGAUGUAGUUCCUUUGGUUUUGUUGUAGAAUGUAAAAGUGUUAUGUUUAUUAAACAAAAAUAUAUAAAAUAUCAAUUUGAUGCAAAUAUAAUGCGACAAUGUUUAUUUGGUUGAGAAAUGAAUUAAUAACCUAAGGUGUUACACUGGGAAUUUUGCAUUUUUCCCAGUAAUAGGAUUUUAACAUACAAUUAAAGGAAUGUUCUUCUAAACUGUGUUAAGUGCUUGAAGAGGUGACAAAAGGAGAAAAAUUGAAUGCCAUGAAAGGUUUGUCAUGUCUUUGGUGUUCGCUUAGCGCUGGAAUUAAAGAUGUUAUGUGGAUGCAUGAUUUUAUGUGGAUGCAAGAAAACCAUUUAGUCACAUUCAAAUGACAUGUAAUUUGUUAUAUAUAAGAACUUUUUUAUGAAUAUUGCUGCAAAUUGCCCAUGUAAAUACAAAUUUCAGACAAGUUACAAUUCAGUACAAGUUGUACAGCAAUGUCAAGAGCGCACUUAAAUUAAGAACUUUGCUUUGGCCUUGACAAGUGUGUAGCCAAACCUACAGUUCAGGACUGUGUGCGGGUAACUGCUGGAUGAGUUAAUUGCAAAUUCCAGCAUAUAAAUGACUUAUCAAUUAAACUACAAGAUCAACGCGGAAACCGACUAUUUCAUCAAUUAUC